GAAACCCAGAGCCUGUCGUUGACAGACAAUAUCCAUGCUAGUGAGGUUCCCAGCUAGAGAGUCCCCCAGAAAAGGGAGAGAGAAACCCUAGAUUCCAUUUCCGUGUGAUCUAUUCCGUUUCCCUCCAUUAGUUCACGUCGUCUCCUCCUUCACCUAGCUCGGCUAGGCUGUACAGUCACUACCGCUCUAAAACGCAUUCAACCCCGUUCUUUGAACCCAUCACGCUCUUCAGCUCGCUCGGAACCAGCAUUUUUUCGCUGUGGAGGUCGCAACGCAAACCGACACCAUUUUUCUCUCUCCCUCUCACCUUCCCGUGAUCGCAAGGCGGCAGCAUGACGGGAAAGGCGAAGCCUAAAAAGCACACGGCGAAGGAGCUCGCGGCAAAGGCCGACGCAGCCACCACGAACCGCGGAGGUGGGAAAGCCGGGCUGGCGGACCGGCUGGGGCUCGACAAAGGUGGGCACGCGAAGCUGGCGUGUCCGAUCUGCAAGGCGACGGCACCGGACAUGAAGAGCAUGCAGAUCCACCACGAGGCUCGGCACCCGAAGCUGCCGUUCGACGACGGCAAGCUGAUUCGUCAGCACGAGGGGGUCGACCUGGAGAACAAGGAGCGUCCUGGCGUUCGCGGGAGUAUCAAGAAGAAAUAAAGAGCGGCCGGUCGCCGAUUCCUCUCGAGAUCGCCGCGUCUGUCUGUAACGGGGUUAGGUCGCUGGUCGUUGGUCAAGGAUGUGUUAACCGGCAAUAUUGUUUGUAUCCAGAACGAGUUUGGGACGGCUGAUGUAGCAGCAGCGCAAGAAACGGCUUCAGGCGGGCUCCCGUUUCCUCCUGGGGCUCAUCGGGAUCGUCGUACUUUCAGCAGCAAUAUUGGCGGCAGUCUCAGGAGUCUCAGCAGCGUCAGCAGCGUCAGCAGCGUCAGCAGCGUCAGCAGCGUUGUUAAGGAGUAGCUAGCAAGGUCGUCCCAGCAGGUCGUCGUUUUAGAGAACUCCACUGUAGCAGGGACUGGCUGGCUGGUCUUUGGUGAGCUGGAGUAGUGCUGGGCGACGGCGCGACGGUGGGAAGGAAGGGAAUCAGUCUGCCGCGUGUGUGCUCUUUCGUUUCUCGCGACGACCGUUCUGCUCUGCUUGCGGAUGCUGCAGCUUGCUCUUAGUGACUGCUUGCGGUGACGUGGCGUUUCAACGUGUGCGAGCCUCUUGGUUGGUCUCCUAGCACUGAUACGGUACUUGUGGAUUAUUAGUGGGUGAUACUUUUCUAGGAAUGUACGUCUGAAUGAGGGUUUGGGUUGGGUUGGGUUGGGUUGGGUGGGUUAGCUGGGAUGGAUUGCCCUGGGAUGGGACAACCCUGGAUCUAAGCAUACUGAACUGGGCAUUCUGAACUAAGCCAAUUAGAAGGAAAGAAUGUUCACUUGCACUCAUGGUUUAAGUGAACAGUUUAUUCAGUUACAAUGUUUAUUGUGGC